GUCCCUCACCUCAUUUCCCAAUGCUCCUUCUUCCCUCCACCACUUCCUCUUCCUACUUAAACCUUCAUCAUAAUGCUUUCGGGUUUCGAGGUUCGAGUUAUCCAGGAACGGGAGUAGGAGUAGUAGUGCCUUAUACUGGUUACCAAACAUUCCGUAUUCGUUGUGCCAAGAGAACAGGCAAACAGCGGUACCCAUCGGAGAAGAAGAAGCUGAAAUCAAAGCAUAAAGAGCUUCUGUCAGAUUCUAAGGAGAAAAGCAAGUUUGAGGGCACAUGGAGGCUCUUCAAGCUCGCCGUUCCACUGGAUCAAGACCCUGGCAAGGACUCUCUACAAGUUUCCGAUGGUCUUCUUCAAGAAAUCGCCCAAGUUCUCAAGUUCCCGGUUGCUUCGCAGUUGCCACGUGAAGCUUUCUCGGUUGUUAGGAAGUCGUUUGAUGCUAGGAAGAAAUUAAAGGAGCCCAAAUUUGUGCAUACUGUGGAUAUGGAUGUCCAAAAACUCCUCAAUCUGGAGCCUCGUGCUUGGGAUUUUAUUUCUCGGCUGGAGCCUAGAGUUGGACUCGUGGAACACUUGCAUGAUGAAAAGGAUUUUGGUGAUCUGAUGAGUAUCAUUCGUGACUGUAAAGAAAAAACGGAAGCUGUAGUGGAAGGGGAAAAUGGACAUAGCAUUUUCUCAAGAGAGUUGUACCGGAACCAGGCUACGAGAAAGCCGAAAAUUGCAGUUGUGGGUAGUGGGCCUUCUGGCCUAUUUGCUGCUCUUGUUCUUGCAGAGCUUGGUGCAGAUGUUACACUAAUAGAAAGAGGUCAACCAGUUGAGAAAAGGGGGCGUGAUAUUGGUGCUCUUGUAGUUCGUCGAAUUUUAGAAUUGGAAAGUAACUUCUGCUUUGGAGAGGGUGGUGCAGGUACCUGGAGUGAUGGAAAGCUGGUGACUAGAAUUGGACGCAACAGUGGCAGUGUUCAUGCGGUUAUGAGAACUCUAGUGCAGUUUGGAGCUCCAAAACAGAUAUUGAUUGAUGGAAAGCCUCACUUAGGAACAGAUAGGUUGAUUCCAUUACUUCGCAACUUUAGGCGACAUCUGCAAGAUUUGGGUGUUACCAUAAAGUUUGGAACAAGAGUAGAUGAUCUAGUUAUAAAAGAUGGACAUGUUCUGGGGGUUAGGGCAUCCGAAUCAGCUGAUAAAUUACAUUUAAGGAGCCAGAAGAUGGAAUGUGAUGCAGUUAUUCUGGCUGUUGGUCAUUCUGCUCGUGAUAUAUAUCAAAUGCUUCUUGCUCAUGAUGUGGAAUUGGUACCAAAAGAUUUUGCUGUAGGGCUACGAAUUGAGCAUCCUCAAGAAUUAAUAAACAGUAUACAGUAUUCUGAAUUGGCAACUGAGGUUUGUCGUGGACGUGGUAAAGUUCCAGUAGCAGAUUACAAAGUUGCCAAUUAUAUUGACAAAGGGAAUUUCUGUGAAUCAUCUGAUUCAGGGGUGGCUAAUCGUAGCUGCUACUCUUUUUGCAUGUGUCCAGGUGGGCAGGUUGUUCUCACUAGUACAAAUCCAUCAGAGAUGUGCAUCAAUGGCAUGUCAUUUUCUAGGCGAGCAUCUAGGUGGGCAAAUGCUGCACUAGUGGUGACAGUCACAAUGAAGGAUUUCGAAGCUUUGAAUUAUUAUGGUCCUCUUGCAGGGGUUGAAUUUCAGAGAGAGUUUGAACGAAGAGCUGCUAUGAUGGGAGGAGGAAAUUUUAUAGUGCCUGUCCAGACAGUUACAGACUUUCUCGAGAACAAGUUGUCAGUAUCAUCUGUUCCCCCAUCAAGUUAUCGAUUGGGUGUCAAGGCAGCAAACCUCCAUCAGCUAUUUCCCAUUCAUGUGACUGAAGCUUUGAAGCAUUCACUUGUAACCUUUGACAAGGAGUUAUCAGGAUUUAUCUGCAAUGAGGCUCUCCUUCAUGGUGUAGAGACUAGGACCAGUUCCCCUAUCCAGAUUUCACGCAAUGUUGACUCUUACGAAAGCACUUCCGUAAAAGGACUAUAUCCAGUUGGUGAAGGAGCAGGUUAUGCCGGUGGGAUCAUUAGUGCAGCAGUAGAUGGAAUGCAUGCUGGUUUUGCUGUGGCAAAAAAAUUCAGCUUAUUUCAUGGAGAUGUCGAGUCUGUUCUGGGCAAGGCUCAAAGUGUUGGAUUUGUCAAGUACUAGGGAGAUCUAAUUAUCUUCAGGUGUUUCACUGUUCUUGGUGCCAGCAUUCGCACUAACCUAAAUAUGUGAUCGACAUUUUGGUUAUAGACCAGCUGUAGAUAGUGGAAGAUACUCCUCAUCCCAGUUGCACUACAGAAUAUUCAAGAUAGUGCGUUAAUUAUGGUUUUGUUCUUUUGUCUCCCCACAUAGUUGUCAGCUUGUCAUGGAAGGAAACAUUGAGGUUAACUGAUAUAUCUCCUUGUUAUACCUGUGCAGCUAACAAGGUUGUCUUCCAGACUGAUGGUCUGAGACUGGAAUGAUCAGUUUCAUUUCAACAUUCAUUUAGGUUGCUGUCUUUUCCACAGUGAUCAUGACAUAAAUUGAAUUGCAUACCAAAUGCUUGAAUGCUGCUUGGAGGUUAAAACUUCUAGCAAGGACCUGUGAACAUUUGACUUGGAAGCUGCAAUUUUGGGUGAUCACAAGCUUGGUAAAACAUUUAUGCAGCUACUCUGUUUAUCAAUUAAUAUAGAAUGUAGUACUUACUAAAAAGUAUUUCGAGAUGGUGGCAACAUUAAACACCAGGUGCAUGGUAAAUUUUUCUGUAAUGUUAUAUACACACUUUUUCUUUAAAAAAAAGUAGAGCAUUUCUCUAUCAUUGGAUCUGUCUAUCAGUGUUUUAAAUAUCGGAUUUGUUGGUUUGACCCCAGGAAGAUCAUGAACUGGCCAUGUUUUUUGUUGUCUAAUACCUUAUUAUG